CUAGCUCGAGUAAGUGAGAGAGCGAACUGGACUAUACCACCUGCCAUAUUGAGGGGGGUGUGUGUGUGGAAAUGGGGGUUCCCUGAUCCUCAACGCCACGGAUGCGGGGGGAAGAGGCACCCACUUAGUCCCUGGGGGAAGCGGCGACGGCCGGUUAGGCGUUGGGUAAACAGCCCCCGCGUGCUUGGAGAGGGAGUCCGGGCCGGGGGAGAAGCCCCUCCUCCCACGCGCACACACGCGCCGCUCUGUGUCUAUUGUGAAGCCUUUGGGGAGCUCCGCGCCGCUGCCCCCCCCCAGCUCGCGCCGGGUUCGGGUCCUCCCCCCUCCACAACGAUUCUCUCCAGCGGGGAGAGGCGCUUGGAAGGAGCCGUUUGAACUUCGGAUUCGUACAGACCAGGGGGCAGCGCGAGCUUCUGGGGCGCUGAGAGGGCGGGGCUGGUCGGCGGCAUGAAGGUGUGAGAGGAGCAGCGCACGGACCGGAGAGAGUUGGAAGAGAAAGAUAAGCUUUCUCAACUUGGAAUGAACUAGUCAUUGAACUGAUCUAGUUGGUUUCAGAACCCUCAAGCCAUGUCGAAGGGCAUUGUUUGGAUUUUCUACCACAGUAUUCGUCUCAGUUUCUGAAAGAGAUGGCUGGACUUCUAAUCAGAGCAUUGAACCUGGACCUCACUAGUGACAGCUCCUGCCAUUCUUUUGUAUUUACUGCUGGCCAGUUGGUUUAAAGUUCUCACUAGUAAAUGUCUGACAGAUUUUCAAGUAUAGACAUUUGGUGUGCUAGCCCUCUGAUAUCUCAAAAUGCCAUUAGUGAAAAGAAACAUAGACCCCAGGCACCUGUGUCACACAGCACUGCCCAGAGGCAUCAAGAAUGAACUGGAAUGUGUCACCAAUAUCUCGUUGGCAAAUAUAAUUAGACAACUGAGUAGUCUAAGUAAAUAUGCUGAAGAUAUAUUUGGUGAGCUUUUCAACGAAGCACACAGUUUCUCCUUCAGGGUUAACUCCUUACAAGAACGUGUGGACCGUUUAUCUGUCAGUGUUACACAACUUGACCCAAAGGAAGAAGAACUGUCAUUGCAGGAUAUUACAAUGAGAAAAGCUUUCCGGAGUUCCACAAUUCAAGAUCAGCAGCUGUUUGACCGCAAGACUCUGCCUAUUCCUUUGCAGGAGACUUAUGACACUUGUGAACAACCUCCCCCACUCAACAUACUCACCCCUUACAGAGAUGACGGAAAAGAAGGUUUGAAGUUUUACACCAAUCCUUCAUAUUUCUUUGAUCUAUGGAAAGAAAAGAUGUUGCAGGACACCGAGGACAAGAGAAAGGAAAAGAGAAAGCAGAAGCAGAAAAAUCUCGAUCGCCCUCAUGAACCGGAAAAAGUGCCCAGGGCGCCUCAUGACAGACGGCGAGAGUGGCAGAAGUUAGCCCAAGGUCCAGAACUUGCUGAGGAUGACGCUAAUCUCUUACAUAAGCACAUUGAAGUUGCUAAUGGCCCAGCCUCGCAUUUCGACUCAAGACCUCAGCCAUAUGUGGAUCAUAUGGAUGGAUCCUACUCCCUUUCUGCAUUACCCUAUAGUCAGAUGACUGAACUUCUGAGCAGAGCUGAGGAGCGAGUGUUGGUCAGACCACAUGAGCCACCACCCCCUCCACCAAUGCAUGGUGCAGGGGAUGUGAAACCCAUACCUCCUUGUAUUAGCUCCACCACAGGUUUGAUAGAAAAUCGUCCUCAGUCACCAGCAACAGGCAGGACACCAGUGUUUGUGAGCCCCACCCCACCCCCUCCUCCUCCUCCUCUUCCAUCUGCUUUGUCCACUUCUUCAUUGAGAGCUGCAAUGACUUCCACCCCUCCUCCACCCAUACCUCCACCACCACCACCUCCAGCAGCUGUUUUGCAAGCACCAGCAGUGCCACCUCCACCAGCUCCUCUCCAGAUUGCUCCUGGAGUUCUUCAUCCAGCUCCUCCUCCAAUCGCACCACCUCUAGCACAGCCCUCUCCUCCAGUCACUAGAGCUGCCCAAGUAUGUGAAACUGUACCAGUUCAGCCAGUUCCACAAGCUGAAGUGCAAGGACUUCCUCCUCCCCCCCCACCUCCUCCACUGCCUCCCCCUGGCAUUCGACCCUCAUCUCCUGUCUCAGUUGCCACCCUCUCUCAUCCUCCCACAACCAUUGUUCCUGGCCCUCAUGCUCCACUAAUGCCUCCAUCUCCACCAUCCCAAGUGAUUCCUGCUCCUGAACCCAAACGCCACCCAUCAACUCUACCUGUAAUCAGCGAUGCCAGAAGCGUUCUACUGGAAGCAAUACGAAAAGGUAUUCAGCUACGCAAAGUCGAAGAGCAGCGUGAACAAGAAGCUAAACAUGAGCGCAUUGAGAAUGAUGUUGCCACUAUAUUGUCUCGCCGCAUUGCUGUGGAAUACAGUGAUUCAGAAGAUGAUUCAGAGUUUGAUGAAGUGGAUUGGUUGGAGUAAAAUAGAUACAUUGAUAUACACUGAAUGCUAAUGUCCAUUGUGGUGAUUGUUCUUUGAAAACAUUUGAUGGUCAUUUCUAGUGGGUUUUGGAUUUUUUUUUCUUUACACUACACAUCAUUAAUCCAUGUUUUUCUACUUUUCCGUUUUCUUGUAAACUACUAGCACAUCUUUGAAACUAAAUGUUUUACAGUGGCUUUUCUUUUCUUUUUUUGAAAGAACAUAUUUUGUUCCAGUAGACCACUAAGUAUUAAGCAUGGGCAGCUGUUGGUAGAGUAGCAGUUUCAAUAUUUUGGCAUAUCUUAACUGUGCACUUUGUGAAUUUUAAGUUAAUGAAGGUAACUGAGAUUGAAAUUCCGAGGGCAGCUGUAUGUACUAAUGAGCCUUAUUCCAUUUUUGAUAAAUGUUUUUAAAAACCUAGCUAUCAAAAUAUACAUCUGUACACUAAGAAGGUACAUAUAGUUAGCAGCACUGAUCACAAUGAAAGGAAAAAAGGAUCUUUGGGGGCUUUUAUUGUUUUAUUGUUGUUUUUUAAAUAAUUAUGGCCUUAUUUGAAUGUUUAGAGGUUUCCCCCUCCCUCACAGGUACAUAUCGUGUGGUACUAUUUUGCCUGCAUACAAAAGUUUAAAUUUUUUCUGUGUGAAAUCUUCUGACUUAAACAUGCUGUGUAACUUAUGUAACUGUUAAAAAUAACAGUUUGGU